GGCCAAUUCGUUUCGGUAAAGGAUGGGUGAGGGACAUUCGGGCGGGGACCUUUUGCCAAGCGCAUAAUCUGGAAGCGUUUGGAUCCGCGUGUGUUUGUCAAUGAUCGUUACUAAUGCAACUUUUCUCUUACAUUUAAUAUAAUUUUUUCUAUUGUUAUCAGUAAUAUUGGUUGUAAAAUAUUGGACCAGGCGCGUGCGCUCAUUUCCAAGAAUCGUAUGCGCAAAACUGAUGCCUAUUAUGGAUCGGCCUGUUCAAAAUACUAUGGCCUGUUCUAAAUACAAUGAUCCAUGGGUAAUGAGUAUGUACUUUGGCAAUAUUUGCCUUGAUGGGCACCUGUUGUUAUUGUAAUGAUAACAGAAGAGGUAUCAUGUGUAAUUAACCGAAGAAGGCACAGUCGGACUGAAAUCUUCAAUGAUGGACGCUCUGGUUCGAAUUAGUUCUAACGUGAAGAGCAUGGAGCACGAGCUGCACUGCCCGGUGUGUAAGGACAUUGUCAAGCAGCCCGUGGUCCUACCAUGCCAGCACAGCGUGUGCCUGUUGUGUGCCACUGAGGUCCUGGUUCAAAAUGGCUACCCUCCUCCGGAGCUGCCCCCCGAGCCCAACUCACCCGCCUCCACACCCAACACUCGCUCUCCCCGCCAGGCACGCAGGCCCAUGCCCAGCAAGACAGACCAUCGACCCAUCGAACGCAUCCUGCGUUCAGGAUUUGGGACGUACCCAUCGCCGGGGCGACGCCGUAAGGAGCCCUCCCCUGCGAUGUUGUUUCCAUGCCCGCCCUGUGGAAAGGAGAUAGAGUUGGGGGAGAAGGGCUUAGCAGAAUGCCUACGUAACCUCACCUUGGAGCGCAUUGUCGAGAGAUACAGACACACGGUGAGCCUGGGCAGUGUGGUGAUGUGUCAGUUCUGCAAGCCUCCCCAGUCCCUGGAGGCCACGAAGGGUUGCGCCGACUGUCGAGCCAGCUUCUGUAACGAGUGCUUCAAGCUGUAUCACCCCUGGGGGACGCCACGCGCCCAGCACGAACACGUCCUGCCUACCCUUAACUUCAGACCCAAGGUUUUAUCCUGUCCGGAGCAUGACCAGGAGCGUCUGCACUUCUACUGUCGGACGUGCCAACGGUUGCUGUGUCCACUCUGCAAGCUGCGCCGAGCCCACGCUGGUCACAAAGUGGCGCCAGUUGCCCAAGCCUAUCAGAUGCUCAAGGACAAGAUUACCAAGGAGAUGAACUACAUUCUGUCCAACCAGGAGACAGUGCUGAACCAGAUCGCACAGCUGGAGAGUGCCAUCACGCAGACAGAGGCCAACAGCGUAGCAGCGCGAGAGCAGCUGUCUCAGAGCAUGAAGGACCUCACUGCCCUCUUGGCUGAGCGCCACAACUCAUUGGCCCAGGCCCUGGAGGAGGCACGACAGACACGGGGCGAGGCCUUGGCGGGACAGGUGGCGGAGAGGCGGAGCCUGCUGGAGCAUGCGGGCCUCAUGACGUUCUCCCAGGAACUGCUGAAAGAGAUGGACCCGCCCUGCUUUGUCCAGGCAGCGCGUCAGACACACAGCAGGUUAUCCACAUCCAUCGAGGCGCUUCAACGUUUCUCUCUUGCUGCUGAUCCCUCCUUCAGACACUUCCAGCUGGACGUCUCCAAAGAGCUCAAACUUCUCACGGAGCUGCAGUUCAUCCAGGCACCCCUGGCCCCUGUGAUUGACACCCAGAAAACCCUGGCCUACGACCAGCUCUUCUUGUGUUGGCGGCUGCCUCCGGAAUCAGUCCCCGCCUGGCACUUCUCUGUGGAGUUUCGUCGCCGGGGGGUGGUCCCAGGAGGCGGGUCCAGAAGUGGCGUCCAGGGGCGAUUGGCUACGGCCCGCUGGGGCUGGCAGCGGCUGGAGGAGGUGGCCGGGACCAGUGCAGUGAUUGACAGGCUAGAGAUGGACAGUGUGUAUGUGUUGAGGGUGAGGGGCUGCAACAAGGCAGGCUUUGGGGAGUACAGCGAGGAGGUGUACCUGCAUACCCCCCCGGCCCCAGUGUUAAAUUUCUACCUGGACUCUCGCUGGGGUCUCCAUGCCGACCGGCUGGUGGUGAGUAAGGAGCAGCGCUGUGCCCGGAGCGUCCCCGGGCUGUCUCUGCUGCAGGCGGCCGACAGAGCGCUAACUUCCUGUCACCUGACAGCAGACCUGCUGGUGGGCGAUGUGGCUAUCACCCAGGGCAGACACUACUGGGCAUGCUCAGUGGAGCCCGGGUCUUACCUGGUCAAGGUGGGAGUGGGCCUUGAGGCCAAACUACAGGAAUGGUUUCACCUUCCCCAAGACAUGGCAAGCCCCCGCUAUGACCCAGACAGUGGUCAUGACAGUGGGGCAGAAGACUCGCUGGAAUCCCCUCCCCCCUUCUCCUUCCUCACCAUGGGCAUGGGGAAGAUCUUCCUGCCCCAGUCCCUGAAUCAGCAUAACAACCAUGGUUGCCCCACCAACGGCACUAGCCCCCGCCGCAGCCCCAAUAUCGCCAAUGGUACCAGCCCCGCCUCUUCGCCUACGGGCCUCACCUACCCCCUACCUCCAAGGCUAGGGGUGUGCCUUGACUUUGAGAAGGGUCGCGUCACUUUCUAUGAUGCUCACUCACUCCGCCCUUUGUGGGAGGGGCCUGUUGAUUGCUCCGGCCCCAUUUGCCCGGCAUUCUGUUUCAUUGGCGGAGGAGCGUUGCAGUUACAGGAGCUAGUGGCCAACCGAAUGGCAGACCAGACACCGGUCAGGAGGGUCACCAUUCAAUCGCGUGUAACCAACCUUAGUAAUUAGGACAGGAUAUACAGUAUUUCAAAAGCCGUGGUUUAGCGCGUUUCGCAUUUAAAGAUAAUUUCUAAUUGAGCCAACAUCUGAAGCCUUUCAAUGUAAAUCUCUGCAUACGGUUAUUGUAAACAAAUUCCUUGUCCUAAUCCGAGUUGAAUAAUUGGACAUAGAAUGUAAACUUUAAUUGUAAGCUAAUUAGCAAAAAGGUUAACAACCUCAGAAAUGUUUUUUUUUUUUUUUUAUUUCAUUUGUAUGAGAAUUCAUUUUUAUUGCAACCAAUAUGCAAAUGUAAUUAACUUUAUUGCAUAAUUCCUUUGGUUUACACGUAUCAUUUUGUUAGAAAUACUAAAUUGCCUAAGUAGGGAAUGGCAAAUUACACAUACCACAGUUGUGUAAUGUGUCAUUAUAUCUUUAACGCUUGCUCUGUUAUCCACGCUAUACUGUAUAUAUUUACGGUAUAUAUAUAUAUAUAUAUGCAAGAACAUAUUUCCUUUACAUUCUCUCUCAAUCAUGUCUUGUCUGGAUUUUUUUUCCAGUUUUUUUUAUUCUCCCAAUGUAAAAACUCCUCCUUUCAAGCAUUGUCUUAUGUGAUGCCAUCAGCUGUAAGACCAUGUCCUUCACCCUGUACUAACACACUUUAAAAAUGUCCGUCUGUGUAUCACCAAUUGAAAAAUGUCCCAACUAAUACUAAAAUCUUCACUUUAACCUUCUAAUGCUAAACAAAUGGAGGUCUACUGUUGUAAUUAAGUAAAAGGCAGAUUGAGUUCGGACAUUAACAUGUACGUGAGCCAAUUCUCUAAUUAGCAGCUGAAUGAUACCGCUUCUGCUUCAGGUCCCUUGAUCAUUUGCUUCUUGAUUACGGUGUGCAAUGGUUGUUUUUCCAUUAUUUUACGUCUGCAUUGUAUGUGAGCGAGUGAGACUGAGGUUAAAUUACAUACUUAUUAAUCACCAAUGGCUGAUGAUUAGUUUUGGCUUAAAGUGAGUAAAAAAUACCAAGCAGGCUUUAUUGUAAAUUAAUGAGCAGUGCUUAAGAUUUCCUAGAAAUGUAGAUUGUGAACCAAAUGGUAUCCUUUUCUCUUUAUAGUGCACUGCUGUUGGACAUAAAGAAUAAGGUGUAACUUGGGACACAUGGAAUAUGCCCUUCCCCUGCUGGCAGAAUGUUUGCAAAACAAGAUAGUUCAACACUAAAUAAACAAAAAGUCUGAACAUGGCAAAAACCUGUCCUUAUUAUUAUGUGUGAUUAUUAUUAUGUGUGAUUGUGUGUAAUAGUGGUUGUAGUAGUAGUAAUAGUAGUGAUAGUAGUGAUAUUAGUAAUAAUAUUAGUAGUUCUAGUAGGAGUAGUAAUAGUAAUCACAGUACUGGUCACAUUUUACAACUCUAAACUUGCUAACUUGUGGGCCUAAUUAAUGAUCAUAGUACUAUCAUGUACUAUUGAUUAAAUAUUUUUUUCCACAUUUCUUGGAGAUGGGACUACUGCACAUUUUGAGCAAUAUCUGUGCAGUUAUUUCUCUUUACCACUAGACAGCAGCAAAAGAUUCCAACUAAGUCUCAUUCAGAAGUAGAUAUAUAACACUAGGUCUCUGUAUGCCAAGUACUGUGAAAAAAUUAAGGUGCAAGUUUUAACUAAAUUAUGUUCUUGGGAGCAAUGCCAUAGGGGAACCUUCUUGGUUGUCUGAGUAACUGUGCUUGUUUAAAUUUUAGAAAUGAGGAUGUUACUCUAGCCUGAAACUUGUAGUUUUCAGACAUCAUGCCUGAACAUCUCACUAGGCUGGCUUGCAUAGUGAGGUAUGGUUUCAUUGACUGCCAGGAAUUGGAAGCGUACAAAAACACACUACUUUAAACAUAAUUUGUUUGAUGCUUGAAACGCCAAAAACACUCAAACUUAAAAAAUAAUAAUAUCUAAAGUUAUACAUGUUUUGCAAUCAGUCAACACACAAUACCACAUAAUGACAAAGAUUUUUGUUUUUGGAAAUUUGUAACAAUGUAUUGAAAAUACAAAACUGACAUUUCUCAUGUAAGUAAAGUAUUUUGACCCUUUGCCAUGACAUUUUAUGUUGAGCUCACAUCCAUUCUGCGUCAUUUGAUCAUCAUCAUUGAGAACUUGAUUGGAGUACAACUUUGGGGAAUUGAUUUGAUUGAUUGGACAAAGGCACAUGUCUAUAGUCUAUAUGCAGUUAGGGCCGGAAAUAUUUGGACACUAACACAGUUUUCAGAAUUUUGUCUCUAAGCCACCACAGUGGAUUUGAAAUCAAACAACCUAGAUUCAAUGAAGUG